UCGUCUGGUUGUCCUCUCCGGUCUCCGGUCUCCGGUCUCGUGUUGUCCUCUCCGGUAUGGCCCACAGCUGCGUGGGUAAAUGCGCUCCGUUAUUCUUCCUCGCGCUCGUCUUUGACGCCGCCGGCCUCGUCGUGCUCCUGGUCGGGGUCUUCGGGAACCUGAGGCUGCACGGCCGCUUCUACGGGGACUUCCUGAUCUACACGGGCUCUGUGAUCAUCUUCCUCAGCCUGGUGUGGUGGGUUCUCUGGUACACCGGCAACGUCCAGCUGUACGCGCGCGAGGAGCGCGCGGGAAGCCUGGACCUGAGCUUUACGCAGUGGGCCAGGAAACUUUCAGAGAGGCUGAGCGGGGUGAAGACUCUGGAGGGAGGAGGACAGAAGAUGAAGAUGAAGAUGAAGAUGAAGGAGCAGCAGCAGCAGCAGCAGCAGGUGGAGAAGAACGCGGGGAACGUGAACGCGCUGAACGGGACUGUGCGUGCGUCCGCGCCGGCGAGGAUCAGCUGGGAGGACGGUGGCACCGGAGGAGGAACCGACAACCGAGGGUUCGACGGAGGCAACGAGUGUCCUGAGAAGACCGUGGAGCUGGGAGUGUUGACGGCGGAGAAAGCGGAGAGGCUGCUGUGACCUGAGCAUCUCCUCCAGUGGGAGACUAUCUCAUCGACCCAAGCUCCUCCCCUCAUCUGGACAUUGUGGAAAUCUUCUUCUCCCCGUUGUGACGUCGUCUGACCCCCAGACCAUCUCAGAAAUCACUUUUUUUUUUUUUCACAUGUGAAAAACAUGUACAAAGUCUUGCCUUCCAGGAAACGUUCCUCCUCCUCCUCCUGUCAGUCAGUGUCAUGACGGAGGAAGGAGAUGUGAGAUGUAGAUACAGGAAUGUGUGACCUGACUCUCAGACUUACGAGCAGGAGAAAGUGUCCUCCUCACAACAACACGCGGCUAAACCGGUAAAACUGAAGAAGCGUCCAAACUUCUCUCACUGCUGACAUGGAGUACGCCGCCUAUCUCGGCCGCUGCCUGGUGUUCUUCCUCCUCGCCGUAUUCUUGGAUGUCGCAGGCCUCGUCCUCUUCUUCGUCGGGGUCUUUGCUCCCCUCAGCUUCUGGGAUUUCUUCGUCUUCUCGGGGCCGCUGCUCCUUUUCCUCAGCCUGUUCUUCUGGAUCUUCUGGUACCUGGGGAAUCUGGAUGUGCCGUUGCAGGAGUUGCUCCCGGUGUGAGAUACAACGGAGCAGCUUGUCCCUGAUAAGUUUGGGCUGGAAGGUGCGGAUGCAGAUGCAGGAUGUUCACGUUUUUACCAUAUGAUGUGGUGAAAAUGUGACAACGCGGAUCUUUUUACUACCUGAAGGACGUGUUUACCACGGGAAUAUGAUGGAAUAUGACAAUGGAAGCACAAACGUGGACCUUUUAAUAGGAAAAAACCCCAAAACAUUUGUUUGCUAAACAGGUUGGAUUCGAAGAAACAUUUGUGGAAUGAUAAAAAAAAAAGAAAAAAUACUAAUGCAACAUUUGAUCGAUUUUGUUUUCUGAUUUUAGCUCUUUAACAAGUUCUGGUUCCUUUUCCUGGUUCAGUGAAAGUAAAGUGAACAUAUUUUGUGGUCAAAACUAAACAUUUGAUAUUAAGGUUUGGAAUGCACCUACAAACCCAGAAUGGAGCCUUGAGGAACGCCACAAUGUUUUUCACCAUUUUAGAAAGUUUUUAAGUUGCAGUCGUACAAAACAUUGUUAAAACUUUCAAAGUAUUGUAUUUAACUUUGAUUUAAUCAUAUUAUUAGCUAUAUAAAUUGUAUUAAAGUAUGAAAUAAUAAUAUUACCAUUGAAGUAUAACAGCACAAACAUGGAACUAUAACAUUAAAUUGAUGACUAAAUUGUAUAAAAGUGUGUUUUCUGAUUUAACAAGUUCUGGUUCCUUUUCCUGGUUCAUUGAAAGUAAACUGAACAUAUUUUGUGAGCAAAACUAAAUAUUUGAUGACCUAAUCACGUAGAAAUGUACAUAAACUGCUGUAAAUUGGGGGAAAACAGUGGGCCAAGAAUGGAGCCUUGAGGAAUGCCACAACAUUGUAUGACUAAUCAGUCAUUUUAAGAAACAAUGAAUGGAUUAAAAUAAAACAAUUGUUUUCGUAGUCCUAUAAAUCUGUCUUAAAUCAUUCCAAGAAUUUUAUUUAAUUCAUUCUUUGUCAUAUUUGCUAUAUACAUUUGUGUGAAAUGUGAAAAUAAAUAUAUGUAAAUGCUA